CAUGCAGAGCCACGCAGCGCCCAGGCGGCCGCCGGGGGACAGACGCAGUCUCUGCGCCUGGCUGGACGGGCUCCCACUCAGCCGUCCUAAGCGCCACCUGGCCCGGGACUUUAGCGACGGUGUGCUAGUGGCCGAGAUUGUGAAGCACUUCCAUCCUCGGCUGGUGGACUUGCACAGCUAUGUCCCCGCCUGCAGCACAGACCAGAAGCUGAGCAACUGGAGCCUUCUCAACAGGAAAGUCUUUUAUAAGCUGCACUUCGGUAUCUCAGAGGCCGAUAUACAAAAGGUGGUGGCCAACAGGCCUGGAGCUAUCGAGUCCAUCCUCUGUGCACUGAGGGAGAAGCUGGAGGCUAGCACUGCUCGAGUGGGCUUGACAGGCACAGCUAAUCCAGGACUGUCCAGUGUGGAUGUUGUCCGACCUUGGGCAGGGCUUAUCACCAACCCACACACCGGUAGGAUCCAAACCCCUGAUGUGGGGAAUUUCAGCUUGUCAAAGGCCCUGUGGGCCUCCUGUGAAGAAUAUCACUGCGUUUCUGAAGGCUGGGCACAUGGUGAUCGUGAGCUCACACCCCUUCAGAGGAAGGCAGAUGUGCUCAGCCCUUCACCUCCCUUCAGCAUGAAGACCCUUCAGAAUCAAAAGGCUUUGGAGAAAAUGAACUGCUGUGCUUGUGGAAGCUGGAACCCAGCUGAAGGCCCCUGGGAUAACCUGGCCAGAGUCCAACAGGAGCUGGAGGACAAAGAGCAGGCACUGGCCAUUCUGCAGGAGACAGUCAAGAUUUUGCAGAUGAAGGUGAUGAAGCUGGAGCAUCUGGUACAGCUGAAGGACCAGCAAAUCAGGGAGCUGACAAGACCUGGAUCUGAAGAACACCAAGUCUGGGGUAUCCCCCAUCCAGAGUCAGCCAGACCUUGAUCAUGAACCCAGCUGAAGCCUCUCACUGAUUGGGCAACAUCAGUGGCAGGCUCAGAGGACAUAUGAGU